UUCCUCCGCACCGCACCGCCGCUGUCCAAGAGUACCACCGCACGGCGCCGCCCAUCUCUCGCGCGCGCACUGCAGGCCAAGGGGCAAGGGCAAUGGCCGACGGCGGCGGGCUGGAGGAGCAGGCUGCGGCGGCGGCGGAGGCGGCGCGGGAGCUGCGGGAGGCGGCGGCGGGGAUGGCCGCGCGCAGGGCCGCCGAGGAGGACGCGCUGCGGAGGCGCGCGGCGGCGCUGGACGGGGACGUGCGCAGGCUCCAGGGCUCGCUCGCCAGCCUCGACCCCGCCACGCUCGACAAGGUCGAGGAAGAUCUGGAGCGUGCCAGGGCAGCAAUCUUAGAUGGUGAUGUGGCCGGAUUGCUCCCAAGCAAGGGAAGCGGGAAGUUCCUUAAGAAGUUUCUUGGCCCUGUGAAUGUGAGGGUGGCAAGGAAGGAAGAUAAGCUCAAAGUGAAGGAUGAGUACAAUAAUUAUAGGGAUAGGGCCGCUUAUAUUUUUCUGUUGUUUCCAUCCACUCUCCUCCUACUGAGAUGGUGGGUGUGGGAUGGAUGCCUUCCAGCAUUGGCAGUUCAGGUUUACCAGGCUUGGCUAUUAUUCCUCUACACAAGUUUUGCUUUGCGGGAGAAUGUGUUGCUUGUAAAUGGAAGUGAUAUUCGUCCUUGGUGGAUAUACCACCACUAUUUAGCAAUGCUGAUGGCUCUUGUUAGCCUAACAUGGGAGAUAAAGGGACAGCCUGAUUGUUCGAGCAAGCAGAGGGGGGUUCAACUUUUCCUGCGCUGGGCAAUCAUGCAAGGAAUCGCAAUGCAUCUACAGAAUAGGUACCAGCGUCAAAGAUUACGCACCCGGAUAGCUCUAGGAAAGGCUAAAAGGAUGGAUGUUGUUGCUGGAGAAACAGCUGGUGUGGAAGGGCAGCUCUUGCUGCUAUAUCCUGUCCUUUUUGUAUUACAGGGUUUUGAAGCAUAUGUUGGAGUACUGCUUCUUCAGACGGCUUGGCAUGGGCUCACCUCCGAAUGGCAGGUUGUAGUAUGUGGGAUCUUGCUGGUGGUAAUGGCAGUUGGUAACUUUGUCAACACGGUAGAGACUUUGGCCUUAAAACUGAGGUUCAAAGCAAAGAUGAAGAGAACAAGGAACAGGCCAGACCAGAGCCAGGGCCAGGGCGGUCCAAAUCGCCCACAUCAAAAUUGAGAAAGCGUCACUGUCCGGGAUGGUCACCCCAUGCCUGGAAACAACAAUGCUGACACGGUCUCUUCUGUAAAUCCUUUAAUCAGUAAUACUACCAUUUUUUGAUUGGUCGUGACUUUCUGUUGUUAGUAGAAUUGGUCCCCAUUUAACACUGAAGUUGUACUGUGUUAAUGCAUGAUACAAUAAUCGCGUUUUUCCUCGGACAAAAUCCAAGUUGAUGUAAUCAAUAUAUUGACUGUUGCUUGCCCAAACCUUUUGACCAAGAUAAUGAUCCAUCUGAGUAGGCAGUGUGGGUCCAAUGUUUAAUGAUCAUAAUACUGGUUUGUUU